AUGUUUGGCCAGAAGAAGAAAUUAGCUAUGGAAUUCCAACAUCCAUCCUUCAAAAAAGGGGAAGCCAGCUUUCUGGAAAAUAUCAAGUGCAAGGUGCCAACAAUGAAAAUUAAGGAUGUCAGAAUCUACCCUGAUGAGUUCCAGAGAAUGAUGGCUAAAGUGCAAGAGAUGAGAGAGAAGCAGAGCAACAUGGAUUCCAAAUUUGCAGGACUAAAGUGGAUGUUUAUCAAGAUUUCCAAUAUGAAGAUACUAAAACAUGUUUAUGCACUUGUUGAAGACAAAAAUAAAAAUUUUCUCAACACUGCCUUACCUACUUUGAAAGAUGAAUCCAAAAAAUUUGUUUCUUCUACAGACCAAGCAAGUGGAGAUUAUGGAAAAUAUCCUGAAAUGUCAAUUCAGAGUGUACCGAGGAGUGAAGACUCAAUGACCAUUGAUUUGGAUUUGGUCACAUCAGAUUUACAAGAACUAGUGACUAAGGAAUCCUUUGAACAGUAAACUAAAGAUAUUUCGUUGGAAUUAAUGUUUUCUCCUUCUCAGGACAAUGAUCAAAUCUUAACCAAAGACAAAUCAGACACUCAAUAUAACACUCUAAUGAACAG